UUGUGAGCAGAAUCGAAGCACCAUGCCCGAUGACCAGCGCAAGAAUCCGAACGAGAAAACAAGCGCGACUUCACAGCAAUCAGUACCCAGUGAAGAGGAGAGCUGCCUCGUGCCCUCGUCCUUGCCCUGUGACAACACUUCAACAAUGUCGUCUACGACUAACAACCAGCCUGCAUUCGGGAAUUCGAGCUUAGAGAGCGGAGUCGACGUCGCCGCAUGGUCCAUGAACGAUAGAGAGCAAUCGCUUGAAAUCCCUGAAUUGGUAAGCGGCUCCGAGGAUGACCUCGCAGAUGACGUCUCUUUCCAUACGGCCUCUGGCACCUGCAACGGGGGUGGAAGCGGGGGAGCCAUGUGCCGAAUAUGCCAUGAAGGCGACCAAGAUGAACCACUCGUGUCGCUUUGCAGAUGCUCUGGAACCGUGCGUUUCGUGCAUGUGUCCUGCCUCGAGCUUUGGCUUAACAAUCAGAAUGUGGACUUCUGCGAACUUUGCAGUCAGCGUUUCCCGAUGGCGGCCCAACCUAGUAGCGUGCUUAGGUUCUUCCACUGGCUUUCGCAAAGCGAUAGGCAGUUGCGGGGAGAGUUGCUGUUCGUCCUUUUAGUCCUGAUCACCAUGAUAUUGAUCACGGUCACUCUGUUGUUAUCGGUCCUGGAGGCAGCUUCGUGGGCAGAGCGUCAGUGGUACAGUUCUGUCGAAUGUUUCUGUCGAGCCUUCGUGCUCGGCUUCUUCAGCUGCGCCUUGCUCUUUGUGUACGUGCCUAUGUUCGACAUGUUGUGCGAUUGGUAUCACGUGUUCGUGGCAUGGGAGUUGGCGCAUCCGCUGCGCCGGAUCGCUAGUCCCUUCCGCGAGAAUAGUGAUUCUUAACCGGACAGGGCUCAACGACGCCCGCGCAGCCGCGGAGCCAGCGACGUUGUGUUGGCGUCGCCGCCGCUGGCAUCAGCAAGACAGAACCGAUGAAAAAAUGGCGGCGACUAAUUCAAGCAGUUUGAACCGCCGCCAAAAACUCUUAACGAGAAGAUCACCCACCUGCGGCCACGACGUGCGUCAGACCAGCUACGUGUUUGAGGCGUUCGCAGACUUUGUGUAGCAGGAGCGUUUAAUGCAUCAGUGUUGUUCAUGGUUCUUUUGAUCAUUUUAAUGUUUACAUUUGAUGAUGACGUGCUAUCUGUUCAAUCAACUUGGACUUUGUUAGCUUCAUGCAUCGACAAAUUCUGCAUGCCUGUGAUG